AUUUGAAUAUUAAAUAAAUAUCACAUUUUAAUCGCGCAGAUUUUUUUAAAUUUUUUUGAGGACCCUAUCCGAUGACGGGAGGAUAAUGUCCUCUCCUCUGCGCUCCUGCGAUGAAGACGAGGGCAUGGUGGUUAAUUCCGAGGGAGGAGAUUUUGAUGAAGACGACGACGGAGAGCUGCUGGACGAGAACGCAAGCGACAUAAACUCGCCGGCGGCGCUUCGGGAAACUGCAACACCGGCCGCGCCAGACGACGAAAUAUUGGACAGAGAGAUCCCGUGCAGGAAGAAAGGCCGGCCCAAGAAGAAGAAGGACGCGAAGAAGAAAGACCAAGAGGGGAAACCGGUCAAAGCAAAAAAACGAAAAAAGAUCGACAGCGAUGUAGAACAAAACUCAGACAGAGAACGAGACUAUGGCGAGAACUUGGACAGCGCAGCCAGCAACUAUGGCUCUGGAGAGAAAAAGAAGAAGAAGAAGCACAAAGAAAGGAGUGAGAAGAAAACCAAGAAGAAGAAAAAAGACGAUGCAGAUCAAGACAGUAGCCAGGAGGAAACAACAAAGCAGCCUGUAGAGCAGAAGACUUCUGCCCAGCUGGCCAGGGAGUGGGGACUGGAGGAUGUUGAUCAUACCUUCACAGAGGAGGACUACAGGGAGCUCACCAACUAUAAAGCCUUCAGCCAGUUUAUGAGGCCGAUGAUAGCCAAGAAGAACCCGAAGAUCCCCAUGUCAAAGAUGAUGACCAUCCUGGGGGCCAAGUGGAGGGAGUUCAGCUCCAACAGCCCUUUCAAAGGCAAUGCCGCUGCCAUAGCAGCAGCUGCUGCCGCCGCCGCCAUCGCUGUCGCCGAGCAGGUCUCUGCAGCAACCGCCUCGCCUGAGCCACCGCCUCAACCGCCACCAAUCAGAAAGGCCAAGACGAAAGAGGGGAAAGGUCCAGGAUACAAGAAGCGCAGCAAAAGUCCUCGAGUGCCUGACAAGAAAAAAGCUGCGGCCAAGGCUAAGAAGAUGGCGCCCAUUCGUAUAAAACUUUUACCUGUAGGUGCCAAGAGGAAGAAGAGCUGCUCUAGCGACGACUUGGAAGAGGAUGAGUCUGAGCAGGAGGACUCCAGCGUCCACAGCUCCUCCGUUCGCUCCGACAGCUCCGGCCGAGUGAAGAAGAACAAGAGAGGACGGCCUGCCAAGAAGAAGAAGAAAAUGUCAGUUCCAGGUGAGGAGGAGGGCGACGGCUAUGAGACGGAUCACCAGGACUACUGCGAGGUGUGCCAGCAGGGGGGUGAGAUCAUCCUGUGUGACACGUGUCCUCGAGCGUAUCACCUUGUUUGCCUUGAGCCAGAGCUGGACAAGGCUCCCGAGGGGAAGUGGAGCUGCCCCCACUGUGAAAAAGAGGGAAUCCAGUGGGAGGCAAAAGAUGAAGACUUUGAGGACUUUGAGGAGGACAGCGAGGACAGAGUCAUAUCUGAGGUGGGUGUCCCCACGGGGGCAGAGGAGGAAGACGACGACCACAUGGAGUUCUGCCGGGUGUGUAAAGACGGAGGAGAGCUGCUGUGCUGCGACACGUGCACGUCCUCCUACCACAUUCACUGCCUGAACCCGCCGCUGCCCGAGAUCCCCAACGGAGAGUGGCUGUGUCCUCGCUGCACGUGCCCACAUAUCAAAGGGCGGGUGCAGAAGAUCCUGCACUGGCGGUGGGGCGAGCCUCCGCUUCCCAUUCCUGUCCCGCCUCCUCCUGACGCCCUCCCCGAUGCCCCCCCGCCUCCCCCAAUGAAGGGCAGAGCUGAGAGGGAGUUUUUCGUGAAGCUGACCAGCCAGUCGUACUGGCACUGCACCUGGAUCACCGAGCUGCAGUUGGAGAUCUUCCACUCUGUGAUGUACAGAAACUACCAGAGGAAGACCGACAUGGACGAGCCCCCCAGCCUGGAUUACGGUUCAGGUACAGAGGACGAGAACGGAGUGGGGAAGAGCGAGAAGAGGAGAGCCAAAGACCCGCAGUACGCCAUGCUGGAGGACAAAUACUACAAAUACGGCAUCAAGCCCGAGUGGAUGAUGAUCCAGCGCAUCAUAAACCACAGUGUGGACAAGAAGGGGACGUACCACUACCUGGUCAAGUGGAAAGACCUGACCUAUGACCAGUGUACCUGGGAGAAAGACAACAUGGACAUCCCGGACUUUGAGCUCCACAAAACCAACUACUGGAGACACAGGGACGCCAUCCUGAAGGAGGACAUGGACAAACCCAGGAAGAUGGCGAGUAAAGACGGUGAGGGCGAAGAAGAAGAGUCUCCUGCCUCACCCCUUACUGAUCUUACAAUAAAAUACGAGGAGCAGCCGGACUUUGUCACAGCGACGGGUGGCACGCUGCAUCUGUACCAGCUGGAGGGCUUGAACUGGCUCCGGUUUUCCUGGGCUCAGGGCACUGACACCAUUCUGGCCGAUGAAAUGGGCCUUGGCAAAACCAUCCAGACCAUCGUCUUUCUGUAUUCACUUUUGAAAGAGGGUCACACUAAGGGUCCGUUCCUGGUCAGUGCGCCCCUCUCCACCAUCAUAAACUGGGAGAGGGAGUUUGAGAUGUGGGCGCCUGACUUUUAUGUGGUGACGUACACGGGAGACAAAGACAGUCGAGCCAUCAUCCGAGAGAACGAGUUCACGUUUGAUGAUUCGAUCAAAGCAGGAAAGAAGGCCUUCAAACUGAGGCGAGAGGCUCCGAUUAAAUUCCACGUACUCCUGACCUCCUACGAGUUGGUGACCAUUGAUCAAACGGCGCUCAAGUCCAUCGACUGGGCCUGCUUGGUGGUGGAUGAGGCUCACCGACUGAAGAACAACCAGUCAAAGUUUUUCCGGCGGCUGAACGACUACAAGAUCGACUACAAGCUGCUGCUGACAGGAACUCCUCUGCAGAACAACCUGGAGGAGCUGUUCCAUUUGCUCAACUUUCUCACACCCAAUCGUUUUAAUAACCUUGAGGGCUUCCUGGAAGAGUUUGCCGACAUCUCCAAGGAGGACCAGAUCAAGAAGCUCCACGACCUGCUGGGCCCUCACAUGCUGCGGAGACUCAAAGCCGACGUCUUUAAGAACAUGCCCUCCAAGACGGAGCUGAUUGUCAGAGUGGAGCUGAGCCCCAUGCAGAAGAAGUACUACAAGCUGAUUCUGACCAAGAACUUUGAAGCGCUCAACUCGAAAGGUGGAGGAAACCAGGUCUCUCUACUCAACAUCAUGAUGGACCUGAAGAAGUGCUGCAACCACCCUUACCUCUUUCCCGUCGCCUCCAUGGAAGCCCAGAAAACGCCCAGCGGUGCGUACGAAGGGUCGGCGCUAACAAAAGCCUCAGGGAAGCUGACGCUGCUGCAGAAGAUGCUGAGGAAACUGAAGGAGCAGGGACACCGAGUGCUGGUCUUCUCUCAGAUGACAAAAAUGCUGGAUCUACUGGAAGACUUUCUGGAUUAUGAAGGCUACAAGUACGAGAGAAUCGAUGGGGGCAUCACAGGAGCUCUGAGGCAAGAGGCCAUCGAUCGAUUCAACGCUCCCGGAGCUGGUCAGUUUUGCUUCCUGCUCUCCACCCGGGCGGGUGGUUUAGGCAUCAACCUGGCCACGGCGGACACCGUCGUCAUCUUCGACUCAGACUGGAACCCUCACAACGACAUACAGGCGUUCAGCAGAGCUCACCGCAUCGGGCAGGCCAACAAGGUGAUGAUCUACCGCUUUGUGACGCGAGCCAGCGUGGAGGAGCGAAUCACUCAAGUGGCCAAGAGGAAGAUGAUGCUGACUCACCUGGUGGUGAGGCCCGGUUUGGGCUCCAAAGCCGGCUCCAUGACCAAACAGGAGCUGGACGAUAUCCUCAAGUUCGGGACAGAAGAGCUCUUCAAGGACGAGGGAGAAGGCAUGAAGAACAAUUCAGGGGAUAAAGUGGAGGACGAGGGCAACGUCAUUCACUACGACAGCACCGCCAUCGAGAGGCUGCUGGACCGGAGUCAAGACGCCACGGACGACACGGACGUCCAGAACAUGAACGAGUACCUCAGCUCCUUUAAAGUGGCUCAGUACAUGGUCCGAGAGGAGGACAAGAUUGAGGAGAUCGAGCGCGAGAUCAUCAAACAGGAGGAGAACGUGGACCCGGACUACUGGGAGAAACUGCUGCGGCACCAUUACGAGCAGCAGCAGGAGGACCUGGCCAGCAAACUGGGUAAAGGCAAGAGGAACCGUAAGCCCGUCAACUACAACGACGCUGCGCAGGAAGACCAAGAGUGGCAUGCUGACAUUUCAGAUAACCAGUCCGAGUACUCUGUGGGCUCCGAGGAAGAGGAUGAAGACUUUGACGACAGGCCAGAAGGUCGGAGACAGUCGCGCCGUCAGCUGAGGAACGAGAAGGAUAAACCUCUGCCUCCUCUCCUGGCCAGAGUGGGAGGAAACCUGGAGGUUCUGGGCUUUAACACGCGGCAGCGCAAAGCUUUCCUGAACGCAGUGAUGCGCUGGGGCAUGCCGUGUCAGGAUGCCUUCUCCGCUCAGUGGCUCGUUCGAGACCUCAGGGGAAAAUCUGAGAAGGAAUUUAAAGCUUAUGUGUCGCUCUUCAUGCGUCACCUCUGCGAGCCGGUCGCUGACGGGGCUGAGACCUUCGCUGACGGCGUCCCGAGGGAGGGCUUGUGUCGCCAGCUGGUCCUCACCCGUAUUGGCGUCAUGUCACUAGUCAAGAAGAAGAUCCAGGAGUUCGAGCACAUUAAUGGGCGGUGGAGCAUUCCAGAGCUUAAACCUGAGGUCAGCGUCGACAAAUCCUCCCGAGCCUCGUCUCCUGCUCUGAAGACCACCACGCCCACUCCGGACGCCAGCUUCAACACCACGCCAUGCACCUCCGAGCCAGGUAACCAAACGAUACACGACGCAGGUCCAGGAGGGGGCGCUGCAUCCCCACGAGGCUGGUUUUGACCUUCUGCGAUGUGUUUGUGUGAACACGCACAGCCAC